AGUUUGGUUUUGUACAGCUCAUUUCUCGUCUAUGGAUUUGGUGUAGGAGGAUGUUUUAGUCAGAAAAGCGUACUAAUCCUAAAAGAUGAAUCCUUCUAGAAGAACAAGUGGCCCUAGAAGGCAAAAGGAGCACAGGCCUGGCAAUCCAGCUGAUUUCCGGUAUAAUCAGUUCAAUCCCGCUGCUCCACAACUUUUUAAUGACACAAGUGGUGGAUAUAUCCAACCUCCCUAUCCUCAAAAUCUUGGCCCAGUUGGUAUGGCUCCUGGAGGAUGGGAUCAAAGUUUUGCCCAGCCAUCCUUUCCUGGACAGCAACUGUUAACUGACCCUAUGGCUUCAAUGGCUAUGCAGUAUGGCCAGAAUCUUGCUGAUCAAGGAAAGAUUAUGGUUGAGCAAAAGUUGGAGAAAUAUGUUCCCAUAUCAAAGAUGAAGUAUUAUUUUGCAGUUGAUACAGGCUAUGUGACAAAAAAACUUGGUUUGCUCUUUUUCCCCUUUACGCAUAAAGAAUGGGCUGUUCAUUAUAAUAAUCAAAAUGAACCUGUUGCUCCAAGAUAUGAUGUUAAUGCCCCUGAUUUAUAUAUUCCCACCAUGGCAUUUGUUACAUACAUUCUGACAGCUGGCUAUAUUCUUGGCUCACAGAACAGAUUUACACCAGAACAGCUUGGUAUUCAAGCAAGCUCUGCCUUAGGCUGGUCCUUGGUAGAAAUUGUGUUAUUGUUUCUCGCUCUCUAUGUUUUAAAUGCUUCUUCAACAUUGAGUGUAUUCGAUUUGAUUUCAUUUUGUUGCUAUAAAUAUGUUUGUAUGGUUGCUGUAUUAAUAGCAUGUAUUUGCUUCAGCUCAUUAGGAUAUUAUGUCAUUUUAGCAUAUAGUAGUCUGUCCCUUGGAUUCUUUCUGAUACGUACAUUACGAGUUCUAGUUCUGCCAAAAACAACUGCUGAUCAUUAUUCCUCUAGCAGCCGACACAGCUCUUAUCUCUUGUUAAUAAUUUGUAUAGUUCAGCCUAUCCUUAUGUAUGCACUUACUAAACACUUUGUUUCUCAACAAACUGUAUCUCAAAUUGUGGAGUAAAAUGUAAUUAAAUUAUGUUUUGUAAAUGUAUUUAAAUACAAAAUUAUUUCUUUCUUC